CUUCGUGGUUGUUGCUCUGUUUCUACUCUCAUCAUGUGAAGCCCAAGAGACUCCUGUGUUUAAGCGAACAGGAACGGAUUUACUCCUGGAUGUAAAGGAAGUGGUUACCCUAGAAGAAGGACACGAUUUAACAUGGCUUUUUAAUGGCAGAACUACUAUUGGAAGAAUAUUUCAUGGUGGUAAACCAAUAAUUUUGGGGAGUUAUAAAUCAAGAGCUGAAUUUUUUGAACAAAAUCACUCUCUGCUGUUGAAGAAUGUUCAGCUGAAUGACAGUGGAGUUUACACAGCACGUGUUACCAGUGCCAGUUUCACUGUUGUAGCCAAAUACAAGCUCACAGUUCAGGAUCCAGUGUCUAGAGUAGAACUGAUGGUGAAAUCCUGCAGCUCAGACUCGUCUAACCUCACAGUGAUCUGCAGAACUCUGGACAUCAACAACACAUUCACAUGUGGACGACAAACCUGCUCUCAUGAGGGAGGAGAGGGAAGCACACCUGGUGCUUCUCUGGACGUCUACCUGAAGGAUGGCUCAGUCAUCUGUAACCAUAGCAACCAGGCCAGCUCGGAAAAGGACACCAGAAAGAUUGAAGAUCUUUGUGGAAGGACCCUUGAUCCACAACAAGACAAGAUCAGUACAGCAGCAACUGUCCCUACCGUUGUUUCUGUCCUUGUCCUUUUGGUUGUAGUAAUUGCUGGAGUAUUACUUUAUCGUUGGUAUAAAAGUAAAGAGCAACCAGAAGAAAUGGAAAAUACGGUUUAUGCAGAUCCUGAGGCUCUGAAUACAGGCCUGCCCAUGGAGAAGAGACCAACAAAUGAUGCCUCUGCUGAUCCUCCACCCACCAUCUACUCCCUUUUAGGGCCUGUCACGGGGCCCACAGAGCCCACAGGCCCCACGAGCCAAGAAGCACCCACUCAGAUCAGAGUCAACACUCAGCCAGAAAGCCUGUACGCUACAGUUGAAAAACCUGCAAAGUCUUGAAACAAUUCUGUACAAAUUCUGUUCCACACACUGCGCUUCGGAGAGCGAAGACGUUUGGCUGCAAUUUUCUUUGCCGUCCGCUGAUCAUUGUUGAUUCUGAUGAGUCUCUUGAGCCCUGUGACUGAUGCUGAAAGCAAAUUCAUGCAAGCCAGCCUGUGCCUGAGCAUGCUUGAACACCAAAAUCCAGCUUGUUUGACCAGUUUGAAUGCAACAUACCAUGCUGAAGCAUGGAUGACCUCCUUGGCUGUGGCUCGGAUGGAAAAGGUGGAUUUUGCUAUCAUGUUGUCUGAUUCAGUCAGUCUUUAUUUGUGUAGCACCAAUUCAUAACCAAAGCUAUCUCAAGACUCUUUACAACGAGAGCAGGUUUAGACUUGACUCUCAGCUUUAUUAUAACGACCGAACAUUGAUCACCAUGAGCUCAGCGCUAAACAUUUAACAAAGUUACACUUGAAAAGAAGAACUUCAAGCAGAUCCAGACUGAUUUUGAACAGCUGAAACUGUGGGGUUGAAAGGGUUAAAGGGGUAAACAGAAGGAGGAGGGAAAUGGAGAAAAAGAGAGAGAGAGAGGUGAAGGAAAACAGAAAAUAUGCAGAGCAACAACAAAGAAUAUGAUAUGUUAAAGUGUAAGUAAACCCCCAGCUCAGAGCUAACUCAGCCCACUUCACUUUUGAAAAAUGACCAGAAAAUGGGCAGUUUAGUACUGAGAAGAGGGAGGGGAAAACACAGGGUUUUCUAGAUCAGGCGGGAGUGACAGAGGUUCCCUUGCCAGAAAGUGACACAGAGUCCUGCAGCACUGCUGCCUCAGAGUGAUCUUUGGAGGUGGAGGAUUUAUCCCCUCCAGAGUCCCUGAAGCAGGCUGUAGUGUGGUGGUGGACCAUGGUGGUCCUGAGCACUACCUGUUUGGGCCGGUGUUACCUCCAGCACUGGUGUUACUAAAGCUGGAGCCGAGGCAGUGCAGGUGCAGGAGAGGAUGGGAGCAGUCUCUAAAUGGUAAAGUUGGUUAGAGGUGGUAACAGUCUACCUUUUAUAUAAAGUUAGGUUUCUACAUCACAUAAACCACAACUUUUCAGAAAAGAUAUUUCAAAGCAGAUGUCUGUUUUGUUAUCAGUUUGUUGUAAAUGUCAGAAAUAACACCAGCCUUGAUGUGUUUUUUCAUAGUUCAGUCAGAUUCUUCAGUGUACAGCUGAAAAAAAUGUUAAAAGUGUUCACUACCUCUUUAAUGGCUGCCCUGGCCAGCUUCCACUUUUAAGGUUUUAUCCAUAAGGGCAGUAAGGAUAGUACUAAUAUGUGAAAAAAUUGCAGUACUUAUUAUGAUAGAAGACUGAAAACUUUGAUAUUAACAUUGGCAGCUAAGUUCCACAUUAUAAUGAAAUGUUGGACUGAUAUUGGUAGUUGUAGCAGUUAAAGUAGAGCUAAUCUCAGAGCCAAUGUAGCUCUCUAUUAUAAUAGAUGUUGAUGCUGGUAGAUGAAGCAGUCGUACAUGGGCUGGUCCACAGCAGCAGACUGUUGAUGUCCAGUCUAUUAACUGGUUGUGCGACUGUCGGUGGCAACACCUGCAAGCAGGUGUUUUUGAUAAGUGGCAUGGGUGUUUCUGUGGAGGAAUUUUUGCCCACUCUUCUUGCAGAACUGAUUUGAUUAAUCCACAUUUGAGGGUUUCCAGUUUGAGUGGUCUGUUAAAGCUCCGGCCACAGCAUUUCAAAUAGAUUUAAGUUGUCUCGACCAGUGGUUCUCAACUAGUUGGGUCACCGCACCCACCAUCAACUCCUCAAGGAGAAAUGCGACACAAAUUUUGGAGAAUUAUUUUGGUCAAUCAGAUGUAAAUAAUAGAGCUUGGGCCUAAGACAGUACAAAAUGAAGAACAAAACAAUGAAACAGGACAAAACAUGCAUGUUUCAUAGCAUCUCAAACAAUUUGGUGCAAUGUUUCUCCCAGGCACACAUCCACGACCCACUGAAAAAGGCUUCGUGACCCACUUUUGGGUCCCGACCCAUCAGUUGAAAACCACUGGUCUAGGCCACACCAAAACCUUAUUUUGUUUUUUUUAAACCAUUCAGAGGUGGACUUGCAGGUGUGUUUCGGAUCAUGUCCUGCUGCAUAACCCACAUACACUUUAACCUGAGGUCUCUAACCGAUGGAUAUCCUCCUUCAGGAUUUUCUGGUAGAGAGCAGAAUUCAUGGUUUCAUCAAGGACAAUAGGUAGUCCUGAUUCUGGAGCAGCAAAGCAGCCCCAGACCAUCACUCUAGCACCACCAUGUUUGACUGUUGAGAUGUAAAAGCUCAACUUUUGGUCCACAACAUUUUUUCCCAAAUGUCUUGUAUCAACAAAAUGUUUUUUAGUCAAAUGUGAGGUGAGUCUUUUUAUCUGUCUUGGUCAGUUGGUUUACACAUUGGAAGUUUUACAGUAUUAUUUUAGUCAAGAGUGAAGUAAGGGACACAAAAUCUGUCACAAACAUUUUUAAACAUUUUUUCUGUUAGUUAUUUGAUUUAGAAAAGUGUUUUGUCAUAUAGUUCUUCAAUUGUUUUUUAUGUUUUUGAUUGUUUUUGUUUAUUAAAAAUGGAAAGGAAAAAAAAAUCAUCAGUACUCAGGAAAGUGUUUGGCUGAUCAACUAAUUAACUUAAAUUAGUAUUAAUAUUAAUGGUUAGUUGCAGCCCCACUCUUCUUCAGGAUACCGUCUGUUUUCACCUGGUGGAGUUUAUGACCUCCGCGAUCUCUUAGCACACUGUGAUAGUUGUGACUUUCGGACAAACAGCAAACGAGUCGUGCUGCACCUCUGCUGGUCACUUGUCUUUAUCUGAUGAGUCUUCUUAAUCGAAGCUCUCCAUGAGGUUUAUUCCUGUAACAGUUUACCUCUACUUCAUUUAAAUGCCUUUAUUUAAGUAGCUCAGCAGUCAUUGGCAGUAUGAGGAGACCUUUCCAUAGUGUCAGGUCAUGGUGCAAUAAACAAAGAUGGCAGCUGCAUUUGUGGUGAUCAUGAUAAAUGUCUCAGUUUAUAAUGGUAGAUUGGUAAAACUGGUACAUAAAAUACAAACAGCUUUUUACAUAGAUAUGGUGUCUCAACUCUGAAUCUAGUGGUCUGUAUAAUGUCAUAUAGAGAGGUCUGAACUAUGCAUGGAUAUUUCAGUCACAUAAAAUAGGGCUUACAUAUUUUUUUACAUUUUCUUUAUGUAAAUAUAUGCACUGUAAAUAUGAUAUUAUACCUUAUUUUAUAUCAAUGAUGUGCUACAGCUAUAAUGUGUUUUUGCUAUUUGAUGAUCUUGAACAUUGAUGCUUCUGUUCUUAAACUUCCAUGUAGAUAAAUCUUCUGAAAUGUUUGUGAAUAAUCUUGAAAUAAAGAAGAACUUCAUG